UUCGGACAAAGUUCAUUCCUCCCUCUGCCGCAGCAUCUGCGGCGCAGCACCGACGUUACCUGCGCCGAAGGAGGUCGUCUCCAGCCGACGGAGCCGCGGAUGGGGGUUUGAACUCAAACGGAGGAGACUGGGAUUCUCUAAGACUCUAAGGUGCUGUGCUGCUGUGGCGCUCGAGGGGAGCUACUUUUUUUUUUUCUUUUCUUGGGGGGGGCAAAUGCCAUUGCGAUGCUGUGGAUGUGACUUCAACACGGCAGUUUCACAACGCUAGAGUCUGGUAAACCACAAUGAAAGACGACUUUGCUGAUGAAGAGGAGGUGCAGUCCUUUGGUUAUAAGAGGUUUGGAAUUCAGGAGGGAACAGAGUGCACCAAGUGUAAAAAUGACUGGGCACUGAGGGCAGCUAUUGCACUCCUCUACGUGCUCUGUGCCCUGCUCACCAUAGCAGUGGCUGUCCUCGGAUACAAAGUGGUCCAGAGAAUGGACAAUGUCACAGAGGGCAUGCAGAAUUAUGGAGGCAAGAUCAAUGCCGUGGAGAUAGAUUUAAAGAAACUCGAUGAUCAGGCAGGAGAGAAGUCAGUUAAUGCCACAAGUGAAAUCAAGACUUUCAAGUCAGAUCUGGAGGCAUUACAGAACCAACUGAAUGACAUUGCUCUCAGGGCAACCAGAAACAGGAACAUCCUAGAUGAGCUUCGGAUCACAGGAGAUGACAUGCAAAAUGGCCACGUGUCCCUGCAGAGUUUUCUGGAAGGCAACGCUGCCUCAUUGCGCGGGCUCAACCAGACCUUGUCCACCUACAGUGGCAUGAUUGACAACCUGCAGACAGACACUGCCCGGCUUCAGUCAGAGAUACAGGGCCAGGUCAAAGUGCAGAGCCAGACCCAGGUCAGUGUCAGUGCACUAAACAUCACCCAGUCACAGCAACGCAAUCUGCUGGGCACACUGCAGAAGACGGUUGAAGACGCAGGCCAGGCAGUGCAGAAACUGAAGAAUGAUUACCAGGGUCUGCAGCAGACAGCCAGACAGAACCGGGCUGACACAGAGUGGCUAAAGGAAAAGGUCCAGAAUCUCCGGGUUUUGGCAGCCAACAACUCAGCCCUUGCUCGGUCUAAUGGGGAAGCUCUUGAUGACUUGGGGGCUCAGCUCAGCACACUAGCCAGUCAGAUCCAGAAUGCCUCAGCCCAAAUUGAGGGACAUGACCAGAGCAUGCGUGAGCUGAUGGACCACCAGAGAGACCACGAUAAUGCCACCUCAUCCAAGUUUGAUGAGAUGGAAGCACGAUUAGACAGACAUGAGCAUGACAUGGACCGCGUGACUGGAAAUGUGAGCUUUGCCACGCAGCUCCUAGGUGCCAUCAGCUCCGACCUCAAUGGCCUGAGGUCCUGUGCCGAGACAGUGAUGCGGCAUUCAGACGUGUUACUGGGGCUGAAUGGUAGCGUGACAGAGGCCAAGGCAGAGAGCAGAGAGCUGCGCGCCCAGCAGGAUGAGAUGGCGGCCAGGUUGGACAGAGAGGUCAACAAUCUGUCUAUGGUGAUGGAGGAGAUGAAGGUGGUGGACAGCAAGCACUCUCAGCUCAUCACCAACUUCACCAUCCUGCAGGGUCCACCUGGUCCAAGGGGUCCCAGAGGUGACAAGGGUCCUCAGGGGCCAGUGGGCCAGACAGGACAAAAGGGUGAUAAAGGAGACAAAGGAAUGCCAGGAUUGGUGGGACCUAAAGGAGAGAAAGGUGCUGCUGGACCACAAGGUGCGACAGGUCCAAAGGGUGCACCUGGUGCUCGGGGUCUUCCAGGGGCUAAAGGAUCAAGAGGGGCUGGAGGUCGACCUGGAAACCCUGGUGAUAAAGGUGACCCUGGGGCUCCGGGGCUUCCUGGUAGGGAUGGACCGCCAGGGAUGCAAGGGCCACAAGGGCCACAGGGGCCCAGAGGGGCAGCAGGACUUGCAGGGUUGGAUGGGCCUCGGGGGCUUGUUGGACCCAUCGGCCCUCCCGGUCCUCCAGGGCUACCAGGGAUACCUGCACCUGCACCUCCUCUAAUUUUAAAGCCAUCUCAGCCAACUCAGGUCCCUGAACUCCCCAAACUACCUGAACCUCCCAAACCACCAGAGGAACCACAAAGCUCCGUGUCCUGGCAGGUCCAGCCCCCUGUUGCCACUACUCCAACACCUGGUUGCCCACCUAAAUUCAGAAAGUUUGGAGACAGCUGCUAUUACUUCUCCUCUGGUUCUCAGAGACUCAACUUUGAUGAGGCCAACCAGUUUUGUACUAAUGUGUCUUCUCAUAUGCUCAUUAUCAAUGACAAUGAGGAACAGCAAUUCGUGAGAAAUUCAAUUGCAGGAAAAGGUUAUUUCUGGCUCGGCCUCAAUGAUAGGGAGGAGGAAAAUGUCUGGAAGUGGGUGGAUGGCACCAUACCUGUUUUCAAGAAGUGGAAGCCUGGCCAGCCUGAUAACUGGACCCAUGGUCAUGAAGAUGGCGAGGACUGUGCUGGUCUUAUCCAUAAUGCCAACUGGAACGAUUUCUACUGCACUGACCGCAUCGGUUUCAUCUGUGAACGUGCCUCUGACUUGAUAGUUCCAGUUUUAUAGCAUCCAUCUAAGACAGUGUGAGCUGUCUUUGGGAGAAAGGUGAAGAAGCUGAAGUUGAAGUUGAAGAUGCAAGUAAAAUGAAGGACACGGGGAGGAGCUCUACAUGAAUAGAGGCCCCUGAUAAAGUCAGCCCAGUCGAGCAUCACUGAGACUUGGACUGAUCUUUUAUCAUAAAGGCACUUGGCAACACCGUAUGGUGCAGAAGACAGAACAAGCACAGAGCCAACCCACUAUGGUAUUGAUUUUAGUAUUUGUACUGAAGGAAACAUGAGAAUGCAGUCAUUUAUUUAGGCUAUACUAAGUCAUUGUUUGGUGCAGCCACUGUUGUACAGGUGUGUCUGUAAAUAAUAUUUCACAAAAGGUACAUUGUUGGUCGGGAUUGAAUUUCAUAUCGUUUUAUUUCUUGACUGCCUUCCCAAACUUUACACUCACAAAAAAAUCUAUAUCAGAGGAUUAUGUUUUUGAUAGAGUAGAACUAUUUUUAUACGGUCAAAUACUUCACAGAUUCUGUGCUUAGAAAUAAACUCCCGGGAAAAUGGUGGGCACCCACUCACUAUCUGCAAAUGACUGCAAACUCAGAUAAUAAAUAGAAAUAAAGCAGUGCUGCUGUUUUAUGAAGGUAGUAUUUCUUAGACUUUAGACUGCCAGUAUGAGUUUUACACAGAAUGAGGCAUACAUUAACAAUAUGUAAAUGUUUUGUAAUGUAGCCAUUAUAAGAUGAUUUAUUCAUUAUGCCAAAUACAAUAUGUGAAAUAUGUUACAUGUUUAUUAUUUGCAUAACCAGUUGUUAUAGUGAUAUGAUUGACCUUUAAAAUUCAUAUAAUACUUAAUGACUGAGUAGCAGUUUGUAAUCUGGCUCAAGGUUUAUUAUGCCUUAAUUAAAUUACCAAGUUACUAUGAAUCAGGCCAGGACACUUAUCAAAAUAAAGUGGGAAAGAAACUGUGUGUGGAGGCAAUGCUUUUUGUCCUAUGAAAUAUUGUAAUAAAUAAACUAAGAUGAUAUUGCUUGAAAAGUCAUUCAUUUAUCUAUAAAAACUACAAAAGAAAGGAAACUUGCUGCUUGUUACUUAACUGCAUGCUGUGACCUAAAUCACCAAAUCAUUACU